UCAGUUGCUCGGUCAGUUGAUAGAAAUGGCCGACAUGGCGGCAAAAGUUGUCCAGGACGAACAGACUGCAAAGAAAGUUGUUGUGGUCGGUGGUGGCUUGGCUGGAGCUUUAAUUGCUGUCUACCUUGCAAAACGUGGAUUCAAAGUCGACGUUUAUGAAGCUCGGAAAGAUCCUCGUAAAGAAGUGGAACAGAGAGGAAGAAGUGUUAAUCUUGCCCUGUCAGUCAGGGGAAUAGAAUCGCUGCGAGCUGUUGGGGCAGAGGGACCGGUUAUUUCACUUGGCAUUCCAAUGCAUGCCCGUAUGAUUCAUUCUCAUAGCGGAAGGACCACGCCCAUCCCAUAUGGGAAAAAAGGACAGCACCUGUUAUCAGUUGAGAGACAGAAACUGAACAAAGAUCUUCUUUCUGUUGCAGAAAGUUUGCCUGGCGUUGGUUUACACUUUGAGCACAAACUAAUUGCUGCUGAUUUAGAGAAGGGCCAUCUUACUUUCAAAUGCAACAGAAGUGAUGAUCAAAAGUUAGAAGUGGAUGCUGACCUUGUCUUGGGUUGUGAUGGAGCUUACUCAGCUCUAAGGAGAGAACUCAUGAAAAGACCAAGGUUUGAUUUUAGUCAAGAAUAUAUUCCUCAUGGUUAUAAAGAGCUUUGUCUGGCUCCAACCCCAGAUGGAGAGUUUGCCAUGGCAGUGAAUCAUUUACACAUAUGGCCAAGACAAAUGUUCAUGUUAAUAGCUCUACCAAAUCAGGAUAGGUCAUUUACCUGUACCUUGUUUCUGCCUUUCGACCAAUUUGACAAUUUGAAAACGAAGGAAGAUGUGCUGAACUUCUUUCAAGCAGAAUUUCCAGAUUUCCUUUUCUUAAUGGGAGAAGAAAAGCUUGUGGAAGAAUUUUUCAGGAAUCCAACUGGCCCUAUGGUAUCCAUUAAGUGUAAACCCUAUCAUGUUUUGGACAAACUGGUGAUCAUCGGUGAUGCAGCUCAUGCCAUGGUUCCAUUCUAUGGACAAGGAACAAAUUGUGCAUUUGAGGACUGUCUGGUUCUUGAUGGUCUACUUGAGAAACACAACAAUGACUUUGGCAUUGCACUACCAGAAUACUCCAGAAUACGCAACAAAGAUGCAGAAGCAAUGUGCGACUUGGCAAUGUACAAUUAUAUUGUGAUGAGAUCCCUGGUUACCUCUCCAGUUUUCCUCAUGAAAAAGAAACUGUUCAACUUCCUACACUGGCUCAUGCCCAAGACAUUUAUCCCCCUGUAUACCAUGGUGUCAUUUUCUCAGAUACCAUACAAGACAGUGAUUGAAAGAUCGCAGUGGCAAGAAAAGGUUGUAAAAAGAGCUGUUGUUGUGUCAUUUUUAAUGGCUGGGUUAGGAGGAGCCCUCACUCUGCUGAGAGUAUUGAAGAGAGAUGUGAAACUCUUUUGAGAAGUCUUUUGUCUUUUUAUUAUGUCCAAGAAAUUUUAAUGAGAGAAUAGCUGACCAGUUUUCAUUAUGCAUACACAGUCAAUUAUUAUAAAGUAUGCUGGAUUGAACAAUAUUUUUUUUUUAUAAAA